AUUGAAACCUGGGCUGUUCGCUGGCCUGCAGAGCACCGUUUUGAAGGUCCUAGCCCACCUGAGUUGGCUCACGCGCACGACUAGCCGCUCCUAUACAGUACACCCGGCCUCUGUCGUCUCUUAAGGCCACUCCUAUUCUACGGCUGACCCCUGGAGGUCACGUGGAGCUGUCGCCACGCAAGUCUGGGUCCUUCAGCGAUUGACCGGGGUCCUCGCUAUCCAGGAGCCUCUCCCAAGCUGCCUGUUCACGCGAGAGUUUGGAGGGGCGGGUUUGGGGUCGGUGUCUGAUUGGGGCUCGCACCGCAGCACGCUCGAGCCCCGCUUAGGUACCAGUUAGCGCCACGGGAGCUGGGUCAGGCGGUCGCCGGGACACCCCGUGUGUGGCAAGCGGCGAAGCGCUCUGGAGGAUUCCGGACAGCCCUGCUCCCCGCAGCCAGGUGUAGUUUCGGGAGCCACUGGGGCCAAAGUGAGAGUCCAGCGGUCUUCCAGCGCUUGGGCCACGGCAGCGGCCCUGGGAGCAGAGGUGGAGCGACCCCAUUACGCUAAAGAUGAAAGGCUGGGGUUGGCUGGCCCUGCUUCUGGGGGCCCUGCUGGGAACCGCCUGGGCUCGGAGGAGCCAGGAUCUCCACUGUGGAGCGUGCAGGGCUCUGGUGGAUGAACUAGAAUGGGAAAUUGCCCAGGUGGACCCCAAGAAGACUAUUCAGAUGGGAUCUUUCCGGAUCAAUCCAGAUGGCAGCCAGUCAGUGGUGGAGGUGCCUUAUGCCCGCUCAGAGGCCCACCUCACAGAGCUGCUGGAGGAGAUAUGUGACCGGAUGAAGGAGUAUGGGGAACAGAUUGAUCCUUCCACCCAUCGCAAGAACUAUGUACGUGUAGUGGGCCGGAAUGGAGAAUCCAAUGAACUGGACCUACAAGGCAUCCGAAUUGACUCAGAUAUCAGUGGCACCCUCAAGUUUGCGUGUGAGAGCAUUGUGGAGGAAUACGAGGAUGAACUCAUUGAAUUCUUUUCCCGAGAGGCUGACAAUGUUAAAGACAAACUUUGCAGUAAGCGAACAGAUCUUUGUGACCAUGCCCUGCACAUAUCGCAUGAUGAGCUAUGAACCACUGGAGCAGCCCACACUGGCUUGAUGGAUCACCCCCAGGAGGGGAAAAUGGUGGCAAUGCCUUUUAUAUAUUAUGUUUUUACUGAAAUGAACUGAAAAAAUAUGAAACCAAAAGUACAAA